AUGGAGCUUGAGAGCAGCGCGACGGGCAAUGCUCCCGCGAACUCGCCCUCCCAAUGGUUCAACUCGCUCAAAAAUAACAGUGGCCCCCCAUCGUAUACAACAUAUAGCGAACAGCCCUCUGUGACAACAGCUCCUGGAAGAGGUUCUAGACCUACUUGGCGCACACCCCUCGGUCAAUUUACGUUAGGGUGGAGCGCUACUCAAAUGUUUUUAAUCAUCAUAUUGGAAGCCAUCGUCCUCGUCAUCCACGGGAACGAAGUGAAUUACGUGUACAAUAUUUCCUAUUUUCAGGCCCCGCAAGUUUUGAACUCCAUUAUACCAAACGAGAAUGCUGUAACUCUAUAUCAUGCCAUUUAUCUCGCUGCUCAGAUCUUUCAGUUCCUUUUGGCUCUAGAUGCUGUUAUAUCAUCGUCAACCAUUCAAUUAAUAUGUACUACUGUAUUCAAUUGGGUCUUGACUAUAUAUGCUGUGGUUCAGUACUGGCAAUCGCGGACGCUGGCGUCCCAAGCACAAUCGGAACUGGCUCAGAGUGGAGUCAAGGCUACACUGCAUUGGUCCAUGGUCGAAGAGUUUGUCAUCAUUGGGCUGAUGAUUGUGUUUGCUUUGGGAUGGAUUUACUUGACCAUCAAGCUGCAUCGACAGUUUGGUUGGAGUAUCUUCAAAGAGUUGGGUGCGGAUGUUAGUACUAGAGGCCAACUACGCAUGUAUCAUAUCUUUUUGAUGUUGCUGAAGGUCGAUGUCUUCUUCUUCAACGGCUUCACCAUUCAAUAUCUUGUAUUGGUCUUGGUUGGAAACGCUGAUCAAACGACCAUUCUCUUCAAUGCCAUUUUUGUAACGCCAAUAACAAUUCCCUUGCUUAUCAUGGCGUACUAUGCUGUCCGACGAGAAUCAAGGAUUCUCAUGUGUAUAUUCAUGGUGAUAUUGGUUAGCGGUACAGGAUACGUCAUCUCUCGACUCGCAGAUAUAUAUCAGACAAAGGACUCCAACAAGUAUUUGGCAUCCAAGUCAUCCCUCACACUAUUCGAAUCUGUCACUGUCAUAUUGGCCAUAGUAACAGUCGUGUUUGCAUACUUGAAUAUGCGACAGUUUGGACGAGGAUUGCAGGAUCAACUUCGUCGAAGACCUCAAUCGAAGACUGCAUCAGUCGAUGGUCGAGUAAAGAGAACCCAGUCUGCAUCAUCAUUGGCGUACUCAGACGCCAAAUAUGAUUCCAAUGGUCAACGAGACUCGCCACCUAUACCAAUAAACAAUAUGUAUUUAGGUGGACAGCAGCAACAAUCGCAGCUACCACCAUUCCCUCGAUUCGAUGAUCGUGGUCCUGGAUCUCGAUUCCCUCCAGGAAUACAACCAUACCCUGGUCAUGUAAUCCAAAAACCAUCGCCCAUCCAAACUCCAGCAUCAUCUAUGAUGGGAAGACCACAACCAGAAUCGCCUCGAGGAGUUGCUCAGCCAUUGCAACCAAUGCAACAACCAGGUGUGUUACCAGGUGUUCCCAUCACUCCCCCGCCUCGCCAAUAUACUCAAUCACAGCUGGCCCAGGCAUCUCCUUUAUACGCUCAACACUUGUCAAGGAAGUAG